UUUAUCACCAACCAACCACUCUUCGCUUCCUCCCUCUACUCCAGUCUCCCCCCCGUUUUUACAUAUUACCAUCCUAUAAUAAUCAGCCAAAAUGUCUGCCGAACAAGAUCAGAGGCCCAAGUCCGCCGCUUCCUCCAAGAAGUCCGAGGAUCAGCAACGGGGCCACCAACUGACCGACGACGGGCCCGUUGCCGCCGGUCACCAAGAUGCCUACCACCAACUCUCGGACGACCAACCUGAGGCUGGCGCUGCCGACGGCGAGCAAGAGCAGCAGCAAAAGGCCGACAAGCCCAAGAAGGAGAACCCCCUCAAGAAGUUCAUGGCCUCGCUCAAGUCACUCAACUGCGCCGGCAAGCCAUCGGGCGACAAGAAGAGCAAGAAGAACGGCGCUUCUCAAGAAGGUGGAGAGGACGACGACGACAACAACACCCCCAACGCCAGGCCGGUGAGCCAGAGCUCGCUGGACAGCAAGAAGGUUGCUGCCGAGAAGAACGCGCCACAGAUUGAUGUCUCUCCCGCGGUGGAGGAUAGCCACCACCAGACGGGAGAGCACGAGGGCCACAAGGAGGACGGCAAGGAGGGUGAGGAGAAGAAGGAGCAGGACAAUGAGAAGAUUGCCAGCCCAGUUGACGCGCACCCGCCUGCGUUGACGACUACUGCUAUCAGUGCUACGCCCCCGACUCUUUAGGUGCUGAAAAGUAUCCCUUGAGUCGUUGAACGGUGUUAUCUGUACCAGUCAGAGCAUGAUACAGAAGACGGGGAAAACAAAAAAGAGAGACAUUAGACAAUAGACAAUAAGCUGCAUGGACGGGUGUUAAAAGGUCGGGGUGCACUUUAAACACAAGGCACAUAUACACACAUACACAAGCAACAGCAGAUGUUGGAGGGAGAGGGAGAUACACUGUACGAUUUUUGGACACGGAAAUCUGUUUCAGAGAGAGGAAGAGAGAGGCUGGAGAGAGGGAAGGGGGAACGACGUCGGACGUGCACGCACGGGGAGUGGGCUGGAGUUUGCCUUUUUUUUCCUUUUUUUUCUUUCUGGCUUUUGUUUGGCUUUUAGCAGCAUCACCACCACCCGAUACCGACACCAUCACCGCUGGCUUACAUCCUCCUCUGGCUUUUUGCUCAUUACUACCUACCUACCUCACCUACAGUAUACUUCCCGUUUCGAUACCCUCCGGCAAUCAUCAUCAUCAUCCUUUCGAUUAAUGCCCUGCUUAUGUACCCUCUAUCUAGUUGAGUUGGAGAAGAAGCGAACAAAUAGUAGUAAGCGGUUAAUUUAAU